AUGUCGGGUGCAACAGGAGCUGAUUUUCCCCCUGAAAUACUAUCGUGCAUUCUCGAUUGUAUUACGCUACUUGAUAUUUUAGCUUAUGACUCAGAAGAACGUCGUCGCUUGAAACACGAGCUCGUUGCGCUCAGCCUCGUAUGCAAGCACUGGUCUGAAGCCAUCAGACCUCUACUUUUUCGACAAAUCGAAUUGCGCAGUGCUAAUGAUGUACGACUCCUGAAGAACAUCGUUUGCAGCCCCCGUUUCACGACUUCGUCUCUGUCUGGGGCCAUCUGGCAUAUAAAGAUCCAUCAAGAAGCUACGGAGGCGAAAUCUUGGCUCCACCACGUCCAUGGACUUUCAACCCGACUCCAGGAGACGGCAUUCGACUGUACCGUCGUGCGUCCCGCGGGCGAUCCUGCAUCUGUGCCCAGCCGUUGGGCGCCAUUUCAAUCGAUACCGAGUGUCACUCGAUCCUAUGUCCGACUCAGACGGCUUUUCCUCAACGAUGUUGUAUUCACGAGCACGACCGAGCUCGCACGGCUCCUCGACAAUUUCUCCACGCUCGAGCACUGCGCCUGCAACCAGCUCACCUUCCUUGACUCGUCGCCGGUUGUCCAGUCACGCAGAGCCCGCCGACGUCCUUCAUCGACCCUCUGGACGUGCGACAUCUCGCGGUGUAAGGAUAUGGCGGUCUCCGUUCAAGCGGUGCUGGCUGCUGACAUCCUUGGGGCUGGUCGUCGCAUGGGCCUUGACGACCGCACAAGGGAUGCGACUCUUCAAGUGCUGUCUGCAUUCGUACCAAACACGUCCGAACGGGCAGCUGUGCGGCUUAGUAAUAAUGAGAACGGCAGCAUGUUUGGUUCGUCUUCUAACUGGUGCAAGCAGUGCAACGCUCACUAG